ACACGCGAGAACGGACACUAGCUAGUGCAGGCAAAAGGAGGAUACGCAUAUAUGGAAGAGCUGCAGGAAGCCGACGUGCUGUGGCCGGCGGAGCACCACCGCGACUACGAGCGCUGCCGCCACCAUCACCAUGCCGCGCAACCCGCGGUGUGCCCGGUGGCGCCGCUGCGGCCUUCAUCGUCGUCGGCGCCCGUGCGCAUCCCCGCGCCGACGACGACGACGUUUGCGGGCGCGCGCAGAGGCUACUACGAGGACGACGGCACGAGGACGGACUACUCCGCGGGCGCCGGCGCGUCGUCGAGGAUUGUGCCCCCUCACGUUUACGUCGCGGCGGCGAGGCGGGGCUCCGAGGGGAGGACGGUUGCCUCGUCGGUGUGCGUGGGGCACGGGCGCACGCUCAAGGGCCGGGACCUCCGCGCCGUCCGCAACGCCGUGCUCCACAUGACCGGAUUCCUCGGCGGAGGCCCCGACGAGUACUAGCUAGUUGAGCAGCGCGCGGCGGCGUGUUUCGUUGCAUCGUGUGGAUCGAUCGAGUUCGUUACUUUGUACUAGUGUAUAUCAGAUUGUUCAGAUUGUAAGUUUUUUUUUUCCUGACGGGAUAUCAUCAGAUUGUAAGUUGGUCAGAAAUAAGGUGGUUAAUUAAGACCCGAAAUCAUCGGCGUCA